UGCAUAAAUCAAGCACAGCAAUUGUAGAUCGCACGUGUUGUUGUAAACAAACGAAUAUUUCCAAAAGUAUUCCUUGAGAAAGGAUACUUUUCGUGAUUAACCUCUUCAUCUACUCAAGAACAUUAUUCUCCUGAUUUGAAAUGGACCAAGAGGCCAGCAUUUCCAAGCAGCCUGAAAAGACAGAUAUAUGUUCAAAUGAAUCGAGCAUGCAAGUGACGGCUGUCCCUCCUUCUUGCAAUGACGCAGGUGUUUUAAAUAAAAGUGCUGACAGUGGAAUUCAUGAUGUAGAAACAAGAACUCGAGUAGAAACAGGAACAGAUGGUGAAACUCCUAUUUCAACAGCUGAUGACAAUUUGGAUACAAAUAUUAAAAAUACAGUGGAAGUGACAACAGGAAAAGAAACUGCUGUCAUUAAAAAUACAGAAAAAGGUGUAUUACCUAAAGAUAUCACAGAAAAUAGUGAUAAGAAAGAUAAUGAAGGAAGCAAUGUUAGUGUUGGUUUGAUUGAAAAAGAAUCUUCCAAUGAGAACUCUGGCAUACAUAAUGAAGCAGUUAUAAAAAAAAAUGAUGAAACAAGUAAAGAAUCUGUAAAUGUCACUAUUGAUCAUUUUGAUACUAUUCAGUCAGAGAAAUCCAAAGACACAAAUAAAGAAAUGGAUGUUGAAGAGAAAAAUCAAGCUGAUGUGGAAAUUGAUAAUGAAACCUUAGUUGACAGUUCAGGUAAUGUCAUGAUGGAAUACAGAACUGCAAAGAAAGUGAUAGCUGGAGAUGGUAGUUCUGACUCGUCACCAGACAGUGACUCUGAACCUGAGACAGCUAAUGAUAAGGCAAUAGAAGCUAAAGAUACAGAGGCACAACUGAAUAAAAUAAUUUCUAAUGAGAGAGAUGCUUCACCAGAGAGGGAGAAAAGGGUCAAAUUAAACAGAUAUGGUUUUGAAGAUAUUCGAACUAAAGGGGAACUCCUACCAGAGGAUUUACCUCCCCUUGAAGAGUUGACAAUAACAGUAGAUGAGUCUGUUGUUAUGGUAGAGGUUGGCAGCAUCAAAAGCAUUGUUGGCAUUCUAGUUGUGAUACAGUCUAAUGAAAAUGUUCCACCACUUAAUGAUGAAACUAUUCUGUUUGUUGAGGGUCACAAGGUUCUUGGUCAGGUUUUUGAAGUGUUUGGUCCCGUUAAGACUCCAUGGUAUUCAGUCAGAUUUAAUGAAGUAAACAAUAUUGAAGCCAAAGGUCUGAAAGUGGGUAUGCCAGUUUUUUGUGCUCCACGAGAAGAUUCUUUCACCAAGUUUGUGUUUGUGGAUAGUCUUAAAACUAUAAGAGGGUCAGAUGCCUCUUGGGAAGACAAUAAUGAACCUCCAGAGAAGCAUCUGGAUUACUCGGAUGAUGAAGCAGAACGUAGAGCUAAAGCAAAGAGACGUAACAAAAAGUUUGGAGAUACUGAAGCUGCAAAUGGGGAAGAUGGUGAUAGUGCAGUCCACAAGAAAAAUCCGAGGCAGCGCAAUAGGAACAGACCAAAUAGAGAUGAACAGUCUGGUAUUAGGCCAGAGCAGCAGAUACAACAUCCAAAACGAGGCUGGAAUCCAUUCAAAGAUAUUCAGAACGGACAUGGUAACAGUGGUCCUCCUAGGUAUGGAGGUAGACACCAGGCAAAUGAAAACUUCAGCAAUUCCAACAGACAAAGAUGGCCGUCGGGUCAGAAUAACUUCAGCAGACCACAGUCUCGUUUUGGCGGGCCCCCAGAUUUCCAGAAUAGGCCAAGAAUGGGUCAGAACCAGGGACAGCCACAAUAUGGAGGUAGAAAUAUUCGGCAACAAAACAGUUGGAGACCUCCUAUGAAUACAAACUUCCCGAAUAAUAUGCAGAAUUCUGGUCAAGUGUCAAUAAACAGCCCCUCUCCUUCAAACAGACCCUUUAACAUUCAAGGUCCUCCCCCACCAAUGGGCACACCAGGCUUUGGACAAAGUCAGGGUCAGAGUGCUCCUCAAGCACCAAUGAAUGUUGACUUUUCUCAACCACCACCACAAUUUCAAUCUGGUAAUCCUGUAAGACAGUCAAACCAACCUGCUGGUGUUAAUCCCUGGAUGGGUUCUCAAGUUAGCAUGACUCCUCCAUUUGUUGCCUCAAAAAUUACAAAUCCAAAUAACCAGUCAUUUCUUCAAGGGAAUCAGUCUAUUAGUCAUCAACAAAUGAAUGCUGGGAACCAAAUGUUUAACCAAGGGCAACCAGUUAAUAAUAGUGCAUCAUUCCAAAGUAACCAGUCAAAUAUUACACAGACUGGUAACACUCCAUUGCAAAGUAGUGUAGGGAAUGUUCCCAACUUUAGUAUGAACAAUAGACAGAACACAUUUAAUCAGCCAUUGCAAAGUAACUUUCAAACAAACCAUAUGCCAUUUCAGACAAACAAUUUCAGUGGACAGUCUAAUUUCAAUAGCAGUAAUGAACCUGGACAAGGUGGUCUGAAUGUAACUAACUUUACUCCACCAGUAAAUACCAGUUCUCAGUUUGGCGGUAUGAACCCAUUGUCGUGCAAUAGUCAACCACCAAAUGUACAUAGACCGGAGUUGUCAAACUUCCAAAUGCCAAAUGUUCUAGGACAAACAGGCUUGAGUGUUCAAAAUAAUGAAAAUACAAAUUUGGUUCAUAAUCAGAAUUUCAUAAAUAAUCAACAGCAAGGUGUCUCGCAGGGGCCUGUACAAAGUACCAGCUCAAGCAACCAGUUUGUUCCGCCACAGGGAUACGGAUAUCAGAGCAAUUUUGUUGGACAGAGUCAGCCUGCAGGACAGGGUGGAUUUAUACCUACCACUGGUGGUUCAUACCCUUAUUCUGGGAACAAUUUGGUUCCAAAUGGGAGUAAUAGUGGAUCCUUCCAAAUGGGAAGUAAUGUGCAGUCUAAUGUUGUAACAGAUCAGCGAUUUAUACAGAACAAUUCAUAGACUGAUACAAAUCUGAGAUUCUAACAAAGAAUGUGUUUAUAUGAUAUAUAUAUAUACAUGUAAUAGCAAAACUGUACUUUAUAUUGAACAUACUAGAAUUUAGAAAGAUAACUUAGUGAUUUGUUAAAUGAACUCUUUGAUAGGUAAUUUCAAAAUUGUCAUGAAAAUGAUUUGUAAUAUUUAAAACACCUAGAUUUAACAUUUAAAAUAUAUAGAUAAAAGCAAGUUUUUGAAAUGUAUCGCAUGUGAUUUAGAUUAAUAUUAACAUCUUAAAAAUCAGGAAUUAAUAAAAUGUGGUUUAUUUGUCAUCAUUUCAAGGAAGUGUAAAAUUUAUACCAUGUUGUGAAGAUCAGAUUCAAUGUCAUUAAGUUUUGAUAUUUUAUUAACAAGAGAAAUGGAAUGAUUAAAGCUUUGUUAAGUCUGA